UAAAGACUGAAGUACAAUGACAGUUAUACCGAAAUGUCAUGUCAAAUUCUAUAAUCUAUAACAGUUUGCUUUUAUGUACAUAUAAAUUUUAGGUAUACACACAAAAAGAAUUAAAAUCUGAAGGCACUUUAAGUGCUACUAAUAAAAACUUUUUUAUUGUGUUUUAUAUUAUCAUUGAAAAUACUGCAAGGACAUGGAAGACGAAUUAGAAGAUAGAGUUUUAUACCAAACAUAUCUUUCGUUCAUGAAAAUCUUGUCACGUUUCACUAGCAGUGUUCCGCUUGAUACUCCCGUGAGCUAUUUAUGGAAGAUGGUGCGCCUUUAUUUACUACGAUCCGAAGUUGUAGUGUUCACGCUAGCCAUUAUAUUAUUUUUUAUGUACUUACAAUCUAUUGAGCUAUGGAGUCGUACUAUGCUAAGCAGAUUGUCGCAAGCCAUGAGCCCUAUAAGUGCAGUUCAACGGAUGAAGAUUUUAGAAGGCUCCGAUGCCGAUAAACAAAGUUGGGAGCAAAAAGGAACACUCAGCGCUGCUUACGCAAUCAAAGGCAGGCGAAUGCAUAUGGAAGACCGAUUUAUUAUUAACGAAAACAUAAACAAUACUGGAAUUUCACUGUUCGCAAUAUUCGAUGGACAUGGAGGAGAAUUUGCCGCCAACUACGCAAAAGACCACCUCAUCCAAAACCUAUACAACAAAAUAGUGGAGCUACAUGCCUUUAAAGAUGGCAAAAUAUUAAGUCCUCCUAUGGUGGAGGUGACAGAGGAGCCAAAACAAAAGGAAGAGAACAGUAUUACUAUCGAUAGAAAAUCUAGCUUUAAAAAGUCUGUGAGUACAGCUGAUGAUACAUCAAAGAAAGAAAUAACAGAUCCGGAACUCCUGGCUCAGUUGUCAAAAGCGAGGCCCAUUACUAGGGAGGUCAGGCCAGCCACUAAACCAGUGAAAAAUAUUGUUAAGCCAUUGACCAGUUAUAUGGAUAAAGGGAAGAUUAACUAUGGGAAAUUGUUAACUGAUGAGGUGCUGGCUGCAGACCGUCUGCUUGUAGAAGCAGCAAAGAGGUCCAUGAAUGUUGCAGGCACCACAGCUCUCCUUGCAGUAAUGGAGGGUAACCAUCUCAUUGUGGCCAAUGUGGGCGAUUCAAGAGGAGUGAUGUGUGAUUCACGUGGCAAUGCUAUACCUGUGUCAUUUGACCAUAAACCACAACAGGUUCGUGAACAGAAAAGAAUUGAGGCAGCUGGUGGCUACAUAGCAUUUAAUGGAGUGUGGCGAGUAGCAGGCAUACUGGCGACAUCACGCGCCAUGGGAGACUAUCCUUUGAAAGAUAAGAAAUUUGUAAUAGCUGACCCUGACAUCUUAACUUUCAAUCUUGAUGACCACAAACCUAUGUUCUUAGUACUUGCUUCUGAUGGAUUAUGGGAUACCUUCUCUAAUGAAGAAGCUGUUAAAUUUAUUAAAGAGAGACUUGACGAGCCCGACUAUGGUGCAAAAAGUUUAACACUACAAGCAUAUUACAGAGGUUCUGUAGAUAACAUCACUGUUUUAGUCAUCAAUUUCUUAACCAACAAAGUUUUUGCAGCUGUUUCACAGUAAAGCAGUGUAUGUACUAUGUACUAUGAACUAUAACAGUAGAUUGUUAAAUUCUAAAAUCUUAUAUCUUAUGAAAGAUUUACAUGAAAUUGUUCCCUAAAGUUGUAAGUAUUUUUUACUAACUGACAAACGAAAAACAAUGUCUGAAAAUUGUGUUGACAAUUUUCAUAGCAUUUUCCUAUGGUGGUACCUAUAAGUAACAAAAUAAUGUAACUAACUGUUGUUGUCUUUGCAUAAUAAUACAUUUUUAGUGAAUAAAAUUUAAUUAUAAACGAGCUUUUAUGAAAUGCAUAAUAAUUGUAUAAGUUUACUUGCAUAUUUUUUUUAUGUUUUAAUAGCAUUGUUCCAAACAACAAACAGAUUCUUGAGAUGUGGUAUGGUGGAGGGUCUAUACAUAUAAUAAAUAAUACUAAAUUGCAUUUUAAACUACUUACUUUAUACAUAUGUAUUUGCAUAAUAAUCUGAUUGUUCUAGUAUAGUAAAUGUUGUCAAGUUCUACAUAUAUUAUGUAUUCCACGUUUUCAUCCCCCAUAUACCUACAUAGAUUUCAUAUAAAAUUGAUUCUACCACUCAAUAUUGAUGUUAUAUUGUUAAGAUUAUAUAAAUUUUGUAUAUAGUUACGUCCAGUAGAUGAUAUAUUACUUAGACAAGAGUCAUUUAUAUUUUUGAAUGUAAAGUGUAUAGGGCCAUAUUUUUAAAAAUCUAAAGUUUUGAAUUUAUGAAUGGUUGUGAUGUGGACAGUUCUAAAACUGAAUGCUCUAUAAGUGUAACGUUUUGUUGUUUACCAGACAUAAUAUUGUCCUGUUGACGUCUUUUUAUUAUAAUUAAAUGUAGUGAUAUUGAUCCCCAUUAAAAUACAGAAAACAUCAUAUAUCAUUCAUCUCCAUAAUAUGGCGUGGAGAGUUGUUUUAAUACAUACUUUAUUGUAUUGUACGUGAUAAAUGUUACCAGAGAAUGUAAUGUCUCUGUUUUAUUGUUAUUUUGACAUAGGUACAAUGUUUUAUCUCCAAAACUUUUAAAACUAGACGAACCUCUUAAUUCUUUGUUUAUUUCUUACUGCAUUUGAUGUGGCCUGAAUGCCAGUUCUUUGAAAUAUACUAUUAUUGUUGGUUCAUAUUUGCCAGUGGUGCUAGUCAUAAUAUAUUCUUAGUUUUAUGUAAUUGUUCUUCUCCAAAACCAUGUUACAUACUUACAUUAUAUCAGUGCUAUUCAUUAUUAACUGUAGUAGAAAUAAUUUUUUAAAGUCUUUAUUAUAAUAUUCACCAGAUUUGUGUAUUGAAAAUAUUUUUGUAAUUCUAUCUAUACAGAAAACAAUAAGGUUCGAUUUUAAGUACAAAGAAACUUUACAAAAUGUAUCUAUCGGCCUAUGGCGUAUUACUAUCUUUUAACUACACGUUUUGGGGCCAAAGAAUCUAUCAAUCUGUCUGUGCGACCUAGGUGAAGCCUAUUUAUUGAGCAGGUAAUGAAAAACAUUGUAUUUUAAUAGGUGCGGUGCCAAAAUUAUUUGGAAUUUAUAAUAGUAUGUUAUGAUCUGGUUUUCCCGACGACAUAUAACGCGGUUGUUUACUAAAUUUCUAUUAAAUGGAAGGAUUAAGCCCUUUUCUGUUACCCAAUCAAUAUUUUGUAGUGAUUUUAACAUAUUUGUAGGUAGUAUUUUUGUACAUAAUCAGUGUUAUAUGUGUCAAUCUACUAAACCUUAAAGGUUAUUGUACGGUGUCCAAUUAUCUCAUUGCUUGCCUCCGAUGUACCUACCAGUGUAACAAUAUUGUACGUAAUACUUAAU